UAUUCAGUGGCAGUCGGCGCGCAACCCUCUGCCGGGAAGGGCGCAUUCGACCCCGACGGGAUUCGGGAAUUUUAUACAUUGAACGCGGAGAAAAAAAAAAUAGGGAAGAGGCCAAUUAUUUCGAUAAUAAUAGAGCGAAGGGAGAGUUACGCAGUCGGUCCAUUUGGGGCACGACACUGAAGAGUCUCGGCCUUCGGAAGAGAUAGAAAAAAAAACAAUUCAAAGCGGGUUGCGUCUGGAAAGAAGAAUAGAAAAAAAAAACAAAAAACACGAAACACUCGUAUAUAUCAUGAAUUUUCAUUGCCAUAAAAACUGGUAAUUCUCGAGAGUUCGAGAAGAAGAGGAGAGAGUUUUUAUUUCCAUUUUUGGAUGGACGCUACGGGGACGUCCGCAACAGGAAACGCGGUGUUACCAACUUCCGCAUCUUUUAUUAACAAGAAUCUCCUGGAGUUGGAUCUCGAUUAUUUGGAGAGAAGAGGUGGCGAGGGAGUCCCGUCCGAAAAUGCAGACAGCGGUUCAAAAGAGGAGGAGAGUCCGGCGGACAGUUUGGACCGAGUGAAGGUGGUCUUCCUUGGUGCUCCGGGGGUCGGUAAAUCCAGCAUCGUCAGGCAAUUCGUCUGGAGCGAAUUCUCCGAGGAAUACAAACCGACGGAGCGGAGGGAGACUUUUUACCCGAGCGUAGUACUCGCGGAAAGACUCUACGAGUUAAAAAUAUCGGAUUUACCAGCGAUACCGUACUUCCCCGUCAGUUCUCACCUCGAAUGGACCGACUUUCGGUACUACGGGCUCAGAAGUGCCACCGCCUACGUUCUCGUCUUCGACCUCAGUAAUCAGGAUACUUUUCAGUACAUCAGAACACUUCGGGAGCAGAUAUACGAGGCGAGAGACAUGAGAGGAGUUCCACUUUUGGUCGUUGGAAACAAACAGGAUAAACUUUCGGCCACCGUAGCUUCCGGCACGAGGUACAGGGACAUCGUUAACUUGGUACGAAAGCACUGGAGAUGCGGGUAUGUCGAGUGCAGUGCCAAAUUCAACUGUCGAGUAGUUCAGGUAUUCAGAGAAUUGAUGAAAGGUAUCCAGGCGGUGGAAGGCCGCCCACCUUCGCCAUCGCCGACGCCGUCGCAACCGUUACGCGCUCAUCCCCAUAACUCUAACGAGAAAUGUAUUUUUCUUUGACAUUAGAAGAAUUAGUUCAACGAAUUGCAUGUCAAACAACGCGUACAAUCACGAUCUGAUAUUUACCUUGUGAAAUUGAAGGGAAAAACAAAAAAUGGCUCACACUCCGAUGCUGCAGUAUUAUUGAAUUCACUAACUCUUCCGUCGGCUCAAAAUUUUCAAUAUACAUAAUAAAAUACCAUGUAUACCCCUUUACAUAUAUACAUGUAUUUUUCGGAAUACGAAACGCGCCAAAUCUAUAUACAUACAAAGAAAAUCACUAAAAUUACAAUUACACGUUGUUACAUUAGCUAUCUGUAAAUUUCUGAGAAUUUUAUACAAUUGAAUUUUUUCAAAUUACUUUCGAAUUCCUUCGCAUAAGAUUCACGAAUUUUCAAAGAUAGCCGCUGAUGAAAAAAAAAAACUGAUAGUGUUUAAAAUAAGAAAAAUUAAAAAUCGAGAAAGAAUAAUUAUUGAAUGAUGUUACGACAAAUUAUUCAGUUUGAAAUUCACUGUUAUCUAUAUAUAAAAAAAAAAAAAACUCCUAUAUACCUACGUUUCUUAUGUAUAUUACAUACGAUUUUAUCACCAGUAUACUUAUACCUAUAUACUAAUACACCGUUACAUAUACCUGUAGGGGUAGAUCCGCUCAAGCAAUAGUUAUACCUAUAUAUAUUUUGUUAAUUUUGGAAAAAUUAAUCAUUAACUCUAAGCAAUCAGUAGAUAAAAACAAUACAAACAAAAGAAGAGAAAACAUAACUAUACAAUAAUUAUAAUAAUAAUAAUAGUAAUAAUUAUUACAGUAAUAAUGAUAUUAAUAAUAUGUGUUAUUGUUGUUUAUACAUAUGAAUGAUAUGUUUAUGUAACUUUAUAUAUACCCAUUGGAGUUCGCCACGAUGCAGGAAAAAUGGAAAGCCAGUGUAAAAUAAUACGUAAAAGUAUUACGCGGUAAUAUGCUGCAUAACUUUCGCACAAAAAAUGGAAAAAAAAAAAAAAUUUAAUAGAUCAACCAUUUUAGCUGAUAUAUAAUCUAUUACGAAAUUAGAAUAGAUAUUUGUGCUUGACAUGUAGAAAUUUUUGAUCGUUUGAAGUAAAACAGAGAACAGAAGAAAAAAAACGGAAAAAGAUGUUACACAUACAUUACGAUAAUAUAUGAGGUAGAAAUUUUGAAAUUUCUCCCUGCACGGUGGCGAAAAUUUAGUGCGAGGAAUGAAAAUGCGUUUGUAAUUGGAAAAGCCAUAUGUAUGUAUAUAUAUACGUAUAUAUGUAUAAUAUGUGUGUAUUAUAUGUAUAUACAUUCUGUUGUUGUUUGAUUAAUAAAAAAAUAAACCAAGAAAAAAAAAA